AUGGCAGGCCAUCUCGAGGCCAAUUUUGGUGCGCAAACCCGACCCGCUCGCACGGAGCUUCGCGACAAAUGGCUAACCGCAUUACAGGCGCAGCCGUCCCGGGCCAUGAUCGCAGGUCUCUCGGCAGCCAGGACACAAGCGACACUAGUUGAUACCCAACCUCAACCGGCCAAAGAGACCACACAGCCCCCACAGCUGGUGAACGAGCUCACCGAUCCUCGUGAAGAGAACGAAAUCCGCCUGCCACGAGCAGUACAAGCCCUCUACCUGAAGCCCCUGCGGCGCGAAGCCGAGUACGGUGUCCCCUCGUGCGAUCUCCAGCUCCGGUCAUACAGCGUUCAGAACCUCGAGUUUUUUGUCGAUUUUGCCCUGCGCGCGGCAUACUACCUCAAGCUCCCGGCCUUUGGCCCCGUGCCGCUCCCCAAGAUCACCGAGCGGUGGACGGUACCAAAGGGACAUUUCAUCCACAAGAAGUCUCAGGAGAACUUUGAGAGAAUCACAAGACGGCGGCUCAUUCAGAUCAGAGACGGUCACCCGGAAACAGUGCAGAUCUGGCUGGCGUAUCUACAGAAACACGCAUACUAUGGCAUUGGUAUGAAGGCCAACAUCUGGGAGUUCAGCAAGCUGAGCCCUGGUAAGCAGAUGGACGCCGAGGCGGCAAAGAUGAAGGCCAUUGUCGACGAGAAGCUGGAGCUCCUGGGACGUGACCAGACUCUCGGCACUGUGGAGAAGGUCAAGGAGCUGCUGGCGAGUGAGCGCUACAGGAAUCUCACCUUCCACCGUGGUCCAUUUUACUUUGCGGUGCUUGCACACAUCUCACGAUCGCCCUACGGCACCACAAAGAUGUCGUCCGCCGUGCUCGCAGGCUACCGGCCUCGCGCGGUGGCCACAGCAGCGAGACUCGUCAGAGGCACAUCACCGCAAUGCACGCGGCCAUUCUCGCGGACAAACAACCGGCGGCAACUCGAUCCAUUCGAGUUGAUAAAAGCAUCGCCUUCUCAGCCGGCCCGGACCCAUGCACGGGACAUUGACCUGAGCACUCUGACCAACGACUCGGUCGUCUUUUCGGGCAUCCAGCCCACCGGCGUACCGCACAUUGGCAACUAUUUCGGAGCCCUGCGGCAAUGGAAGCUGAUGCAGGACGCAGCACCCCCCGGGGCAAAACUGUUCUUCUGCAUCGUCGACUGGCACGCCAUCACGAUGCCCCAGGACGCCCAUAUCCUUAUGCAGAAGAAGAAGGAGAUGUUCGCGGCAAUCAUGGCGAUUGGACUGGACCCGGAGAGGUCAACCAUCUUCUACCAGUCCGAGGUUGCGGCGCAUACAGAACUCAUGUGGAUUCUCAGCUGCACAGCAUCAAUGGGCUAUCUCAACAGAAUGACACAAUGGAAGAGCAAGAUGCAUCUCAGCGACGACGCAGAGGGUCUCGACAACGACGUCGCCCAAAAGCUCAAGCUCGGUCUCUUCUCGUACCCGGUGCUCCAGGCGGCCGACAUCCUCGUCCACCGCGCCACCCAUGUCCCCGUGGGCGAGGACCAGAAGCAGCACCUCGAGUUCUCGCGCGAGUGCGUGACAAACUUCAACCACACAUACAACACCGAGUGCCUCGUGUCACCGCGGACGAUAACCACCCCUUCCCCCCGGAUCAUGUCUCUCAAACACCCCAACCGGAAAAUGUCCAAGUCGUCCCCAGUCGAGGCAUCCCGGAUAGACAUCACCUCGACCAAGAAGGAAAUUAGGCAGCGCAUAAACGCGGCAGUCACCGACUCCCUCAACAAAGUCACCUACGACCCAGUGAACCGCCCAGGCGUGGCGAACCUCCUCAGCAUCCUGUCGCAGUGCUCCAACGCCUCCUUCAACACCAGCAAUAUCUCCUCUUCUUCUGCUUCUCCCGCAACGACAAUGACAACAACACCAGAGGCCCUCGCCGCACACCUCAGCGGCACCUCCCUCAAGGACCUGAAGGAGCUCACCGCCGACGCGCUGGUCCGCGAGCUCAAGGACGUGGAGGGCGCGUACCACGAGGCCCUGGCCCUCAAGGGCGGCAAGUACAUCCAGGAGCUGCAGGCCCUGGGCGCGGAAAAGGCCCGCGAGUCUGCCGAGGACACGAUGCGCCUGGUCCGCGAGGCCGUCGGGCUGGGCGGGCCCGUGUUCACGGUCAAGCUGCCGACUACUGCUGGCAGCAGCUCGUAAUCUGCCUCUGCCCGGUGAUGAUGAUGAUCAUGGGCCGGGUAUGGAGAGAGAUUUUGUAUAACUAUAUUUGUUGGGAAGUUACUCGGCACUCCCUGAUGGAUUAUCCUAGGAUAGCGUGGAGGCCUGUGUAUGAUAGCCAUUCUCCGUUCUAAAGACGUGGAUAAGAAUAUGAUCACAGUAUAGACAUUCUUUCAAAGACAGAGCCGCAGUCACACUUGCAAAUACACGG